CCACUCACAAUAUAGCUGCUUCUUCUGCCAGCUUCCCCAAAUACUCACCUUCAUCUGCAUCCAUGGCCUCCCACAUUAUUAGCUUCACAACUCUCCUCCUUCUCGCCUUUGCUUUCUCUCUCUCUUUCCAUUCCUCUCUAGGAGGAGGGAUCGAGUGCGAGAAGCUGGACGAGGGGAGGUGCUCGUAUGCGGUGUCGUCCACGGGGAAACGGUGCGUUCUGGAGAAGCAGGUCAAGAGGAGCGGCAAGGAACUCUACACGUGUCGUACAUCUGAGAUCGAAGCCGACAAAGUGAAGGACCACGUGGAGAGCGAUGAGUGCGUCAAGGCAUGUGGGUUGGACCGAAAGACCCUCGGCAUCUCCUCCGACGCGCUCCUCGACUCCCGCUUCACCCACAACCUCUGCUCCCCUCACUGCUACCACAACUGCCCCAACGUCGUCGACCUCUACUUCAAUCUCGCCGCCGGCGAAGGAGUGUUUCUUCCCAAGUUGUGUGAGGUAGAAGGUGCGAGCGCACGCCGAGCAAUGGCUGAACUGAAGAGCUCUGGAAUUGUGGCUCCGGGACCUGUGAACUCAGUCAAGUUCGCCGCCACGGCUGAAACUCCUCAAUCCCAACCUCUCAACUCUCUUCUCUCCAGCGCCGACCAACCUGUGGCUCCCCCACCAUACGACCGUUAAGCACAUAUAUGUUUCUUGUUUUAGUGUUAUGCCCCAAGCCAUAUAUAUAGAGAUGUUAUAUCAUAAAUUAUAUGUUACUUUGAGCUUUGGGUACGUAGUUUGCUUGGUUCGUUUGUGCUGUAAUAACACAAGUUUUAUACCACCCGACAGUUUGUUCAGAAGGAGCUUUCCAGUGUGACAUAUGAUCCUAUUUUGUUAUACAAUUCGUGUUGAUCUGGCUAAUGGUCGAUCAAUGAGGUUCGGUUUUGUUUCAU